CACCCUUAUUCUUGAUUACGACGUUUCGAAUUGAUUCGAUCGAAUCGAUCAAAUUCUAUUAUUGAUUUCGAUCGAAGAAAUCCGUUAUUCGAACAUCGCUCGUUUAAAAUGUCAACUCUAAUCUCAGUAACGUUUGACUCCAAACAAAUCGCUUUCUGUAUCCUAGAUACGAGAUUUUCACGUGGCGGAAUUAACAUGGAUUCAGUAAAGAUAAAAUCUACAUCGAAACAACAAUUCGCGCGAAUGAUAGCUUUAUUGGAAACAAGACCGGAUGUUGCAAAAGGAUUUUCGAAGGUGAACGUUGUGCCUUUCUGGAAUUCUUUGGCAACGGAAUUAAACAGUUUGGGACCGCCUGUCAGAGACACAACAGGGUGGAAAAAGGUGUGGUGUGAUUACAAGUCGAACCUGAAGAGAAAACUGGCCCACAAUUCGAAGGAGCUGCGUGCCACGGGAGGCGGACCUAACAAAGUGAUAGAGAUUUCUGAAUUGGAGGAGCAAACUAUUGCUCUGACUGGUCUCAGAAACACAAUACAAGGUGUGCAGAACACAUUGUCAUAUGGUGCAUUGUCAUUAGAUAGUCGUGAUAAGCAAAACUUGGUUGUAGACAACAUCCAAGAAUCGUUUAUUACGGAUAAUUCUAAUGACAAUGCGGAUGAGGAGACCACUUGUUCUAAACCAAAACGGUUGAAAAAAUCGACCCUAGAUUUGCUGGAACAGCAAGUUGCUGAACAAAAAAAAUACCACGAAACGGUGGUAGACGCUCUUAACAAAAUCCAUAUCAAAAUGGAAGAUUAUGGAUAUAAUAUGAGAAGAGUCUACAAAACAUUGGAUAGCAUGGCUGAAACACAAAAGUUAAAACUCGAAGAGCAGCGACGCCACAAUAAAGCACUAGAAACAGCAUACAAGGAAAAAUUACAGCUAAAACGAGAAAUACUGGAAAUGCAAAUAAAUUAUAUAAAUGACAAAUAA